AUGGUAGCAGCAAUGAUUGUAAAGAAGGUUGAUCAGUUCAUUUUUCUUUGGUUCCUUGCCAUUUAUGCACCAGCAGCUACAUUUUGUGCCAAUGUGACAUAUGAUCACAGAGCAUUGAUCAUUGAUGGCAACCGUAGGGUGUUGAUUUCUGGUUCCAUUCAUUACCCUCGUAGCACUCCUGAGAUGUGGCCAGACCUUAUCCAGAGAUCCAAAGAUGGAGGAGUUGAUGUGAUUGAGACCUAUGUUUUCUGGAACCUACACGAACCAAUUCGAGGCCAGUAUAAUUUUGAAGGAAGGAGUGAUUUGGUCAAAUUUGUAAAGGAAGUGGCAGCAGCAGGUCUAUAUGUUCAUCUGCGAAUCGGUCCAUAUGUCUGUGCUGAAUGGAACUACGGGGGUUUCCCUAUUUGGCUGCAUUUCAUUCCAGGGAUUAAGUUUCGAACUGAUAAUGAACCAUUUAAGGCAGAGAUGAAGAGAUUCACUGCCAAGAUUGUCAACAUGAUGAAGCAAGAGAGCCUCUAUGCCUCACAAGGAGGACCUAUUAUCUUAUCACAGAUUGAAAAUGAGUAUGGAGAUGUUGAUUGGGCCUAUGGUCCUGCAGCAAAACCUUACAUAAAAUGGGCAGCAUCAAUGGCUACUUCUCUUGAUACUGGUGUCCCCUGGGUUAUGUGCAUGCAAGCAGAUGCUCCUAAUCCAAUUAUUGACACAUGCAAUGGAUUUUACUGCGAUCAGUUCACACCAAACUCUAAUGCUAAGCCGAAGAUUUGGACCGAGGGCUAUAACGGAUGGUUUCUUUAUUAUGGUGGAGCUGUACCUUACAGACCUGUGGAAGAUCUUGCAUUUGCUGUGGCAAGAUUUUAUCAACUGGGUGGAACUUUUAUGAACUACUAUAUGUAUCAUGGAGGAACCAAUUUUGGUAGAACCACAGGUGGACCUUUUGUUGCUACUAGUUAUGACUAUGAUGCACCACUUGAUGAAUAUGGAAUCAUUAGACAGCCUAAGUGGGGACACCUUAAAGAUUUGCAUGAUUCCAUAAAGCUUUGUGAAGAAGCAUUGAUUGCUACUGAUCCAGCAGUUACAUCUCUUGAUCCAAAUAUAGAGGUUGCAGUUUACAAAACAGAUAAUGUGUGUGCUGCUUUCCUUGCUAACAUCAAUACUACAAUUGAUGUGACUGUGAAUUUUAGCGGCAACUCGUAUCGGUUGCCGGCAUGGUCAGUGAGCAUCUUACCAGACUGCAAGAAUGUUGUGUUUAAUACUGCAAAGAUUAAUUCUGCAUCCACAGUUUCAAUAUUCAGAGCUGAGUCUUUAAAACAAGAUGUUGGUUCUUUGGAAAAUGAUAGCUUGGGAUGGAGUUGGAUUAGUGAACCAAUUGGAAUUUCAAAGAAUGAUUCAUUCUCAAAGUUUGGAUUGCUAGAGCAAAUAAACACCACUGCUGAUAGAAGUGACUAUUUUUGGUACUCAUUAAGCAUUGAUCUUGAAGAUGGUGAUGAUGCUGGUUCUCAAACUGUUCUUCACAUUGAAUCCCUUGGUCAUGCCCUUUAUGCUUUCAUAAAUGGGAAGCUUGCAGGGGGUGGAACUGGCAACAACACCAAUGCCACUGUCAACGUCGACAUUCCUGUCACACUUGUAACUGGAAAGAACACAAUUGACCUCUUGAGUUUAACUGUAGGACUUCAGAACUUUGGAGCAUUUUUUGACACAUGGGGUGCUGGAAUCACUGGACCAGUAACAUUGAAAGGAUUGAAGAAUGGAAGUACUAUUGAUCUCUCCUCCCAACAAUGGACUUAUCAGGUAGGCCUUCUUGGUGAAGACUUAGGUCUGUCUAGUGGAAAUGCUGGACAGUUGAAUUCACAAUCUACCUUACCUAAGAAUCAAUCACUAACAUGGUACAAGACAAACUUUGUUGCUCCCUCUGGCAAUGAUCUGGUUGCAAUCGACUUCACCGGGAUGGGGAAAGGAGAGGCUUGGGUGAAUGGACAGAGCAUUGGAAGAUACUGGCCUACAUAUGUCUCUCCAAAUUCUGGUUGUACCAACUCAUGUGACUAUAGAGGGUACUAUUAUCAAUCCAAAUGUCUCAGGAACUGUGGAAAACCAUCACAGACAUUAUACCAUGUACCAAGAUCAUGGUUAAAAUCAGACAACAACACUCUUGUAUUGUUUGAGGAAAGUGGAGGUGAUCCUACAAAAAUAUCUUUUGCUAGAAAGCAGAUAGGAAGUGUGUGUUCAUAUAUAUCUGAAUCUCACCCUCCACCAAUAGCCUUGUGGAAUUCAGACACAGAAUCAGGGAGAAAAGCAGGGCCAGUGUUGUCACUGGACUGCCCUUAUCCUAAUCAGGUGAUCUCUUCCAUUAAAUUCGCGAGUUUUGGAACACCUUAUGGAACUUGUGGAAACUUCAACCAUGGAAGCUGCAGCAGCAAUAGUGCUCUAUACAUUGUGCAAAAGGCUUGCAUUGGAUCAAGCAGUUGUAACAUCAAUGUAUCGGUUAACACAUUCGGAGAUCCGUGUAAAGGAGUGACUAAAAGACUUGCUGUUGAAGCUUCUUGUAUGUAG